CAUUUAACUAUAUGAAAGAAAAACCAGUAAAGGUCCCAUAGAAGAGUAGAGAGCACACAUUCCAAACCUUAAACCCUAAAACCCAUUUCGUUCCCUGUAAUCAAUCCACUUUCGCCGCUGCAACCAUGACGGAGCUAAAGCUAUCAGAGAGCCGUGACCUAACGCGCAUAGAGCGCGUGGGAGCUCACUCGCACAUCCGCGGCCUAGGUCUCGACUCCUCAUUAGAGCCACGCGACGUCUCAGAAGGCAUGGUCGGCCAAGCCUCCGCUCGCAAGGCCGCCGGCGUCAUCCUUCAAAUGAUUAAGGACGGUAAAAUCGCCGGCCGUGCCGUCCUUCUCGCUGGACAACCCGGAACAGGUAAAACCGCCAUCGCCAUGGGGAUGGCCAAGUCACUAGGCCUCGAAACGCCGUUCGCCAUGAUCGCCGGAAGCGAGCUCUUUUCACUCGAGAUGUCGAAAACUGAAGCCUUAACACAAGCCUUCCGCAAAGCCAUCGGCGUUCGCAUCAAGGAAGAAACGGAGGUGAUUGAAGGCGAGGUCGUUGAGGUUCAAAUCGACCGUCCGGCGGUUUCCGGCGCCGCCGCUAAGACGGGGAAGUUGACUCUAAAGUCAACAGAAAUGGAGACAGUUUACGACCUCGGCGCUAAGAUGAUUGAAGCGAUAGGGAAGGAAAAAGUUACUAGUGGUGACGUCAUUGCAAUUGAUAAGGCUUCAGGGAAGAUCACGAAGCUUGGUAGAUCGUUCUCUCGGUCGAGGGAUUUCGACGCCAUGGGACCGCAGGUGAAGUUCGUGCAGUGUCCUGAUGGAGAGUUGCAGAAGAGAAAGGAGGUUGUGCAUUGUGUUACUCUUCAUGAGAUUGAUGUCAUUAAUAGCAGAACGCAGGGAUUCCUGGCUCUUUUCACUGGUGAUACAGGUGAAAUCCGUGCAGAAGUUAGGGAACAAAUUGACACUAAAGUGGCAGAGUGGAAAGAAGAAGGAAAGGCAGAGAUUGUACCUGGUGUCCUUUUCAUUGACGAGGUACACAUGCUUGACAUAGAGUGCUUUUCGUUCCUCAACCGUGCUCUGGAGAAUGAGAUGUCUCCCAUAUUAGUUGUUGCUACCAACCGAGGCAUCACAACUAUUCGAGGCACUAAUUACAAAUCACCACAUGGGAUUCCCAUUGAUCUACUUGACCGCCUACUCAUCAUCCAUACUCAACCUUAUACUGAGGAUGAAAUUCGCAAGAUUCUGGAUAUCAGAUGCCAAGAGGAAGACGUAGACAUGAGUGAAGGUGCAAAGCAUUUGUUAACCAAAAUAGGUGUAGAAACAUCCCUACGCUAUGCCAUUCAUCUAAUCACAGCAGCUGCUUUGGCGUGCCAAAAGCGAAAAGGAAAGACAGUGGAAUUGGAUGAUAUAAAUCGGGUUUACAAUUUGUUUUUGGACGUCAAAAGAUCAACACAAUACUUGAUGGAAUAUCAAAGUCAAUACAUGUUCAGUGAAACAGGAGAAGUUGAAGAAGAUGAUGCCAAUGCUAUGGUCGCCUGAAAUUUAUGCACAUCUUUAGAGUUUGUAAUUAUCUGAGCUGUCAUUAUUUGUUUAGGUUGCAGUAAUUUAUUUCAUGAUCUGGUAUGUCAUUGCACUUGUCUUGUAUUUGAUAUUGAACACCAGUAGUUUUUCGAAGGUUGAAUUGCAAUAUCUACUGUGUUCACGUGAGAUAUUGUACUGAAUUUUGUUUCUACUGAACUUUUAAAAAACUUUAUAUUUGCUGUAUCAUUAUGUUCAUGCUCA